UUCUCGCUGUCGCCGGCAACUGUACCGAUACUAGAGGCGGUUGGCGGCCCCUCGGCAGCUUGGCGCGCGUCCUCUGGCCCGCCUCUCCGCUCGCCGCAGCCGAGGCUCCUCCUUCGUCCAGCCUCCGGGGCGGGGUCUGUUGGCUUGCCCUACCCUCGCCGCCUAAGCCUGCCCUCCGCCAGACGGGUCCCCUCCCCGCGGCACCACGGCUUCCCUUCAACAGCACGGCGACGGGGGCUUCCCCUCAGCAGCCGCCGCCGCCUCCGUCUCCGCAGCCGGCCAAGCUCCGCCGCGUCCGCGGCCCCCGGCCGCCAUGCAGUUUAUGUUGCUUUUUAGUCGUCAGGGAAAGCUGCGGCUGCAGAAAUGGUAUGUCCCACUCUCAGACAAAGAGAAAAAGAAGAUCACAAGAGAACUUGUUCAAACCGUUUUAGCUCGGAAACCUAAGAUGUGCAGCUUCCUUGAGUGGAGAGAUCUGAAGAUUGUUUAUAAAAGAUAUGCCAGUCUAUACUUUUGCUGUGCUAUUGAGGAUCAGGACAAUGAACUGAUUACCCUGGAAAUAAUCCAUCGUUACGUGGAAUUACUUGACAAGUAUUUUGGCAGCGUGUGUGAACUUGAUAUCAUCUUUAAUUUUGAGAAGGCCUAUUUUAUUUUGGAUGAAUUUCUUUUGGGAGGAGAAGUUCAAGAAACGUCCAAGAAAAAUGUCCUUAAAGCAAUUGAACAGGCUGAUCUCCUGCAGGAGAAAACAGAGAAUAUGUUUCACAGCAAGAGUAUCAUUGGGUAUAAGAAAGCGUACUAGAAUACGAGCUGGAGUACAGACAUGCAUCAAAAUGUAGUAGGCUAUAUGAAUUCAGUUUUAAUUAUAAUUUUGUCAAGUUUAUUAUUUGUAUUUUGGCAUUAUUUGGAAAGUUAAUUGCAUUUAAAUACCAAUGGAUAGCCCCUAUUAUUUCAUUAAAUUGAUGCUUUGUAGGAAAUUUUUCCCUAUAAUAACCCAUAAUUGGGAUUACUGAUUUACUGCUGAGAGUCACUGACAAAGAAUUUCUAAGUACAGUAAAUCAGUAACACUGUUAGUACAGAAUUAAAUUUUCCCUGUGAGAAUGAACACUUCUAUACUGAAAUGAAGCAUUGGGCAUUUGUUACUAAUAUUACUUUACUUGCUUAUCAUUACACUAUUCUAAAUGGGAAAGGGGCAGCUUUUAUAGCCUAAUAUUUUAGAGUUCCAACUUUAAAAUCAUCUGGGAUGCUGGAAGGUCCACUCAAGACCCUACCUUGGGUUAUUUUGUCACUUUUUGACGUGAGAACAUCUAACAUGUUGUUAGAUAUAUUUGUAGGCAUAGACAUUUAACAAACUUGGAGAAUUCCUUAGAAUAAUUUUGAGGACUUAAAAAAACUAAUCUUUAGCCUCAAAGUCACAUUUGUUUUAGCUAAGUCAACAAUUAAAAGCUUUCCUAGGUACUUAAUAAUACCAUAUAGUGACUAGUUUUAACUUGUUCUUGGGGGAGCUUUUUCUCGGGAGUCUCUCCUUAUAGUGAUAGGACCCUAAUGAAUGUAACACACAGGUGAAAAGGGAAGUACUCUAACUAAACUUGCUGCUAAUAGCAUUGACUGAAACUGGCAAUCUUUUCAGCUUGGUAGUAAAUACAGUGCUUUAGGAUUCUGUAGACUGUAGGUCAUCUUGUUUACUGUUACAUACCAUGAACUUGAAAAGAUAAAUCUGAACUGGGCAUUUUUUUUAAGAACGUAAAUGUUCAGCCAAAAACCAAAGAACAAAAGCAAACCUGAUGCUUUAGAUAACUUUACUGUAAACUAAACAAUCUCAAAAUUUGAUUGUCUCCAUCAGCUUGUAUACUGUGUGUAAGAAUAUAUGCAUUUCUUUUGUAGCCACGCCAUGAAUAUUUUAAUGUCCCUGUGUACUAAGUGACUGCUCAUCGACUAUGCAGAAUUUCACAGAGGAAAUAGAGAACUGAUAUACUUAUGAAAGAAAAUGUCCUCAGCUUGGUGACUAAUUCUCCUGUAAAAAGAUAAAAAGCAUCUUAGAGCUA